AUGAAGUUAACAGUGCUGUGGGUCUAUGGGACCCUGCUGGCCCUGUCGAGCCUCUCCCGGACCACAGGGGCCUCUGGUGAAGGAGACCUCCUGGGAGAUAGGGGAUUUGCACCCUGCGCUGCAACUCUUGAGCUUGAGGGGCCAUGCAUACCGGGGCAGGAGGAGGACACAUGCCCCUACCUCUUCACUCUGCCACCGCUGACUGUUCAUCUGCCGAAGCAGCUCAUAGAGCUGGAAGAGAUCAUGAAGGAUCUGCAGAAGCUGAAGGACAAUGUGGAUCAACUGAGGAAGAUGUGCGCUGAUUGUACAGUAAGACAAACUGAGAGAGUGUGUGGAACGCAGAGAGAAGGAGAGCAUGCAGCGACAAAUGAAGGAACAGAUAAACAGGAGGAUGAGAGGAAGUGGGUGAAUGACAAAAAACAUUUAAGAGAGGAGUUUGGAACAGAUGUGGUUCAAGUGGAAGUGAUGAAGAAGGUAGAUGGUGACACUGACUCAGAAGUAAGAACAGUUUUGGAAGAAAGAGGGAGAGAGAAAUGGAAAGCAGAGGAAGAGAGAAUUGAAGUGGACGUAAAAGAAAAGGAGAAAACAGAAACCUUAUUAGAAGUGGCAUUAAGAGAUGGAAAAACUCAAACAGAGAGGGGAAAGGCAACGGACAAACUGGGGCAGCAAAAGGUGCCAACUCCUGGUGGAGAGGGAACAGUGGACAUGACGAGAGAGAGAAAUAAGGAGACGGAAAAAGGUACAGCGAAAGACAAAGAGGGUGAUUUUAAGGAAGAUCAAGGGGAUAAGCUGCAGAGUGGGAAAGAAAGAAAGACGACCAGUGAUAACAAACACAAGGAGAAAAGUGAAGAAAGUGACAAACACUUGAGGCGAGAUGAAAGAAAGGAGACAGAUAAAAAGACCCAAACUGAGGUAAACAGGGGCAGUGAUGGAAUAAAGAUGUCUGAGGACCACGAUGAGCAUACAAAUAAGGAGCGAGAGCAACGUUUGCAGGACAGGAAAAAUAAAAUGGAAAGGGGUCUAAGAGUGGAGCAAAAUAAGGAGAAACCAAAACAGACUGAAACCUUUGGGCGCGCAGCAACACAGAGGACUAUAAAAGAGGGGGAGGAGGAGGAGGAGGACGGGGAGAUGGGCACAGAGAUCAAACCCGAGGGAGAAGAAAUGGUCGGGACUGUACAGAGAGAUGAGGAUUUAACGUCCAACAGAGCGAGCGAAAGGACAGACUUUGUGCCAGUGAGCCAGACUCCAUUAGCUCCCAUUCGUCCAACACAUGACUUCGUGGACUCAAACAAAGCCACAACCUUGACGUCACCUCCUCCUGCUCCUCGUCUUCUGUCCAGUUCACGUUUGAUACCAGACGACAUUCAAGCAACGACGAUAGCUGCUCACAGAAUUACGACCCAAAGCACAGCCGGAGACGGGACCAGCAUCUCUGAGCACCCACGCCCUGAUGCAGAGGCAGAUGUUGGGGCCACAAGUACGCCAACAACAACAACAACAAUAAGCACACUGGGCGUCCCCGGACAACAGAUAACCAGCAGCCCUACAAGGUUCACAUCGACAACCAGUCCGAGACCUGGGGCAGCUUUCCAGGAUCGAUCUUUCUCAACUGUGGCAGCUACAAUCACCUCAACUCUCCGUCAGAAAUUAUACACAACUGCAACUACAGGAGUGGAAGACAGCAGCCAGUGGACAGUAAAGAGGAACGCCAGCUCAAACACUAAGACUGGAGUGAAACCUCGGCCAGAGCCCGGUGAAAAGCAUAAACCAGGAAUUAAGCCUGAAGCCGACCGUAAGCUAAAAAAUCCUAAGAAUGUCCAUAAACUUGAUGGGACACCUUCACCCGGCGAAAGAAUUAAGAUCGACCAAAAGCAGAGGCCUUCGCUCCAAAAACCCACAGCCAGGCAGAAACCCAAGCCUGGCAAAGAUCCUCAAAGAGUCCAAAUUAAAAAACCAGACCAGGGAGCUCCACUCCAACAUGUGAACAACAAUCCAGGACCGAAACAUGAUCAGGAUCUCACAACGGAUAAAAACAAGUUAGAUGUUCGAAAACCAAAAUCUCAUCUCAAGUCUGUACCUGCUGUCCAGAGACCUACAUCCGAUCAAAGACUUAUUGUAUCGAUAAAUGCAACUGGUUCUGACAUUGAUCCUUUGACUGAGCCACCAAACUCGAAACCGGAGAAAAAGCCAAAUCGUCCUCUUAAAGCAGACAAACCUGAGCCAAAGCAGAAACCUGAGAAAAAGCCGAAAAGUCACGAAAAAGCUGAAUCGGACUUCACCUCUAAAUCAAACCAACAUUUCACACCAGAAUCUGAAAAAGCAGAAACAAUUAAGCUCAAGGCCGCAGAACCUGAGCAAGAGUCUGUGACAGAACUAAUGAGAAAAUCUGAUGAAGAUCUGUCUCCUGAGUCUAAAUCGAACCGAGACUCAACACCUGGACAAAACAUUUCACAAGAUCGUAUCAAAAUACCUUCUGAUAAAAAGCCUAAACCCAGUAAGAAAACCCCUGUGAUUAAACAAAACCCUAAACCUCACACCCUACCUAGACUUUACCCCAAACGUCCAGAACUUGGCAAAAAGACUAAACCCAGUGAGAAGCCUAAACUUGGCCAAGUACCUCAAAGAAAUCAGAGGCCUAAAAAACCCGUAUCCGGACCACUGCCUGAUCUUAAACCAGAAUCUGUACCUGAUGAAAUCCCUGCAACGAAAUCCAACAAAACAUCCAAACUAAGGCCACCCACCACACCCGGGCCCACACUGAUGCCAGGAGCAACAUCUGUUCAAAGGACAAAACCAGCAGUGCGACUAAAGUCGAGCCCAAAGACCAAAACAGAUUCAUAUCCUCACAUCAGUGCGACGACUGCGGAUGGCAUCCAAAAUUCUCAAAUUUACGUGCCACCUACAUCUGGUGCUAUAAAACCGACUGCUGAGGCGACUCAUUCCCCGGCAGACACAGAGUUCAGCCACAGCACAAAAAAAAACAUCACCCCGCGUCCAUCGACCUCCGACAGCCGCGAGCCUGGACCCUCUCCUCUGCUUCACGCUCUCCUCCAAGGCUUCACCGUGAGUCCUGACAGCAGGGUUACGUCUGAUCUGAGGCCACAAACAGCCGGACAGCCCUCAUCGAUCCCAAUGACAACAAGACCAAACAAAAUCAACCACAGGAUCCUCCCGAGUGUUAUCGCUAGCACCAGUCCAGGAUCCACAAGGCCAAAUCCGGAUUCUAACGCCGGCUCCAGCUCACACACCACGGUACGUCACGAUGUGGAGGAUAUGGCUCCCAGACAAAAUCCCCAUCGAGACAUAAUCACCCCUCCGGUCCCUUCCCCCCGAGCCCACACUACCUCCACACUUAGCCCUGACUACAGGUCAACCAUCCCUGUCACCUCUGGCCCCGAGUCCCCGGCGGCUGAGUCGUCCACUCCGACUGCACGAGAGCUGCGGGUAAAAAUCAACCAGGUGGCCGUUCUCCCCGGUAUCGUGCGUCCAAAAGAUCUUCCUGAGGACGACCAGGGAGGCAGCAGGUCGGGCCACAAACUGCCAACGUGGACAUCAUCGAAAGUGAGGAGGGACUGCUCGGACCACCUGCUCAGAGGGCAGACCGGCGGCGGGGUGUACCUGGUGACCCCUGACAUCCGCAGCCGAAGCUUCUCGGUCCUCUGCGACAUGGAGCUGCAGGGCGGAGGAUGGACCCUCCUGCAGCGGAGGCUCGACGGCAGCGUCAGCUUCAACCGCACAUGGGCCGAGUACCGCUCCGGCUUCGGGCAGCUGCGCGGGGGGGAGUUCUGGCUGGGGAACACCAUGAUCCACCUGCUGACCCGGGACCGGGACAUGGUGCUGCGGGUGGAGCUGGAGGACUUCUACGGGGUGAGGGAGCACGCGGAGUACGCGCAGUUCAGGGUGGCCAGCGAGAGGCUGCGCUACCGGCUGACGGUGGGAGGGUACUCCGGCACCGCGGGGGACGCGCUCCGCUUCAGCGGGAGCUACGACCACAACCAGCGGUCGUUCACCACCCCGGACCGGGACAAUGACCGAUACCCGUCCGGGAACUGCGGGGCCUACUACAGCUCCGGCUGGUGGUUUGACGCCUGCAUGGCUGCCAACCUGAACGGGAGGUACUACGUGGGGACGUACCGGGGAGUCCGGGACGGGAUCUUCUGGGGCACAUGGCCCAACAUAUCCACAGAGCUGUACCCCGCCAGUGACAGGAGGUCCUUUAAAAGUGUCCGGAUGAUGAUCAGACCCAAAGGCUUCACCCCAUGACAUACAUAUCAUAUAUAAUAAUAACACUAAUACAACUCAUCACACUCUCCUCACUGUUAAUGUGCACUAUCAACACAACACUGCCGCCUGGUGGUGAAUGAAACGAGGAUGUAUAUAUUUUAAAAGGUUAUAAUCACAAGUACAGUGUACAAUCAAAUGUAAAAUAACUUGAGAGAGAUUUGUUCAACGAAGAGAGAGAGAGAGAGGUCCUCUUAUUUUUCUAUGACGACUGUGUGAAUCUGACGGGUAUGAAGCCAAAGAGACUGAUAUUUUUAUUAUUACAAGACUGGAAGUCCAGUGGAUGGUUGAAUGAAGCUGUGUGACAUGUUUUAUAGUGAAGUUUGUUUUGUGACUAUGAAUAAAAAGAGAUUACAUUCA